AAUGAGACGGCAGCGCCGGGAAAUACAGCCGCAGAACAGCAGAGAGCUUAGUGGGAAAAGAAAACUGCAGUGUAUGUGUGUAGUCUUUUCCCCCACUGAUCUAAUCAAUUUAGCGCUUCAUUUUCCCGGCUUGGGCUGGUCCUGCAGUCCGUGCGUGACCACACUCAAGAUCCGACACACCUGGGACCUUCUGCGGAUCCUCAUCUAUAUGGACGGGUGAUAUAUAUUAGCAAAGUGGCAGCAAAGACCUCUAAGUGCAGUAAAAAAAAAAGAUUCCUUCAUAUCUACGACUUGUCCCAGUGCGGCUGAACGGCACAGAAGUUUCCUAACGUUGUAGGCAUCUACGCUGAAGGAGAUCGCUGUGGAUACGAAGGUUAAGCCUGGAUUGCGCCUGGCCUAGCCGUCGACAAUGAAGUGGAACCUGUUCAAAAAGAAGCCGGAAGCCAUGAGGGCCCCGGAGCCCACUGGUGGUACCACCAUGACCGCGGCGCCUCCCCCGGCUGUGCCCACUGCCGCCGACAACUCCACCGGGCCCGGCGGCCCAAUCAACAGGAAGGACUUCUUCGAGGAGAUCAAGAACAAAUUUGUCAACGAAAUCGAUAAGAUACCACUGCCACCGUGGGCCCUCAUCGCCAUCGCCGUGGUGGCGGCUGUCCUCAUCCUCACCUGCUGCUUCUGCAUCGUCAAGAAGUGCUGCUGCAAGAAGAAGAACAAGAAAAAAGGGAAGAAGGGAAAGGGAGACAUAGGGAUGAAGAACAUCAAAGGCGGAGAGAAACUGCAGGACGAUGACGAUGACGACGACGUAGAGACAGGGAUGACUGGGGAUGAGAAGGAGGAGGAGGAGAAGAAGGACGAGAAGCUGGGCAAACUGCAGUACUCGCUGGAUUACGACUUCCAGGAUAACAAGCUGACCGUUGGUAUUCUGCAAGCAGCAGAUCUUAUUUCCAUGGACACUGGAGGCACCUCUGACCCCUAUGUCAAGGUCUUCCUACUGCCCGACAAAAAGAAGAAGUUUGACACCAAAGUGCACAAGAAGACGCUGAACCCUGUCUUCAAUGAGACCUUCAUCUUCAAGGUUCCUUACCAGGAGUUGGGCGGUAAGACCCUGGUCAUGUCAGUGUAUGACUUCGACCGCUUCUCCAAACACGACAUCAUCGGGGAGGUGAAGGUGCCCAUGAACACGGUCGACCUGGGCCAGCCCAUCGAGGAGUGGCGGGACCUGGAGAGUGCAGAGAAGGAGGAGCCCGAGAAGCUGGGCGACAUCUGCAUCUCCCUGCGUUACGUGCCCACGGCCGGCAAGCUCACCAUCUGCAUCCUGGAAGCCAAGAACCUGAAAAAGAUGGAUGUCGGUGGUCUGUCAGAUCCCUACGUGAAGAUCCACCUGCUGCAGAACGGCAAGAGGCUGAAAAAGAAGAAGACCACAGUGAAGAAGAACACCCUGAACCCCUACUAUAACGAGUCCUUCAGCUUCGAGAUCCCUCUGGAGCAGAUGCAGAAAAUUCAGGCCGUCGUCACAGUUCUGGACUACGACAAGAUCGGCAAGAAUGACGCCAUCGGAAAGAUCUUCGUGGGCAGCCAGGCCACGGGUACGGAGCUCCGGCAUUGGUCGGACAUGCUGGCCAACCCACGCCGGCCCAUCGCCCAGUGGCACCCACUCAAGCCCGAGGAGGAAGUCGAUGCCAUCCUAGCUGGCCUGGCCGGCAAAAAGUAACCCCGCCCCCGAUGCGCCCCCCCCAACACGCCACCCUCCCAAUCUGCUAACCAGUUAACCUGACAUUCCACACUGCAUGAGAUUUGUGGAUCAACAGCCACAGCAGCCACAGUCAAAUGAGCGACUAGCGGGAGAUAAACACAUUUUUUUGUUUACGUUGAGUCCGGCAAGCAGGAAGAGGAAGUAACGAUUCCCUUUGAUGUAUUUGUGAUGCAUUCCAUGAUAGCAGGGGGCCGCACUGCGUGCUUUGGGGAGCGGAUCACAUGAUCUUGUCUUUUUCGGCAACGGCGGCGAGCAAGCCAGAGCUUUUUAAAAUAGUCACGCCAGCCCUCCGUCUGAGGGUCCCCCUCUUCAGUAAGCCGCAGGGGCAGCUUCGCUCAGCGCUUGGCCGGCUCAGCUCUCCUGUGUGUACAUCCGUUGUCCGCUACGGGAAGGAUAACAGUGGCAAAUCCCACAGUGCAAUUGGCUGUUAUACCACCAAACAUAUAACGACAUUUCAUUUCAUUUAUUUAGUAGACGCUUUUAUCCAAAGCGACGUACAUUUUCGAGAAAACAGUCCCUGGAACGAUCGUGGGUUAAGGGCCUUACUCAAGGGUCCGGUGAUGACAUCACUCUGCCGAGUCUGGGAUUGGAACCGGCGACCUUCUGGUCACAGACACAGGAGCCACACACUGCCCCAACAUCAAAAUGUACAUCUUUAACAUCAUAUUUUAGGAUGGAGGCACAGUUUCUGUAUAGCACAGUGAAAACCUGAGCAGCACACAGCUAAGAUGACGUGUCCCUUUGACAUCGUCCCAGCAUUAUGGUCCCUCGUCAGGAAUCAGUGUGGUGACACCUCAGCUGAUGUGGCGGGAUACGACCCCAGCGGGGUCACAGUGUUCAAUGAGUCAGAUAUGCACCAUGCAUUCUUGGGGUCAAGAAAAUGGAAAAAAAAUAACAUGAGCGAAACUGCCUCCUGUUCGACCUGCUGUUUGCCCGCAGUAGACUGCAGCUUCUACGUAACAUCUCUGUCUAAGUGAAUACAACCCCGUCGUGACACAUUAAAACCAGCUGAUGGAAAAGGUAUCAAGUCUGUUAGAAGUAUCUCUGACUGAUUAUUUUACUACUUUUAUUACUGAGAUGGGUUCACAGUUAAGACCAUCAGUUUUAACCAGUAUAAAGUUGUAAAACUCCACGGUAAAUGUUGGUGUAAGAAAAGGCCAUUUUGGUACCAGUUUUUCAAUAGAAAGAAUUUAUUACGAUUUUAUGUGUACAAAUUUCAAGGGCAUGUAUUGAAACUGUCGAUGAACACGUAAUAGAAACAAAGUGAAAAUUAAUAUUUCAUAUCUGAUCGGAAAGGUAGCUGAAGAUAUGCGACCAAACUACCAGGACUGGUGAGAAAUAAUGGCUGGUGAUAUGUUCGACCACCCAGUGUUAGUGUGAAUCUAACCUUUCAAACCCCAUGACAUUCAAAUGUUCACUAUACGGAUAUAUUUUAAUGUUAUAUUUAUUUUAUUGAAAGUUAAAAAAAAAAAAGUUUUAUAAGAAGUAAUAUUUUAAUGUUAAGCUGAUUUAUUUGGUAUUGGUUGUUAGGUGGCCAAAGUUACCAGGUGCCUUCAAGAAAGGACAGAGACUAAAUCUGAUAGGUCAGGCAGCUCAUGUGAUCAGCGGAGAAGCAACUACUUUGGACGUCUUUAUAAUCCCUUAUGAGUCUUAACUAUUUUUAGGUUCAUUUUUAGCAUGCAUUGGGGAACUGUGUCUUCCGCAACUGGGUGGAAUGUUGUUCUGAACCUCUUUGUAAAGGCCCAGACUCUAAAGACCCUGCAAACCUGGUUUGCUAGUUGUCUGUCCUACUGCCUGCAGGGUGCCACCUCCUGUUUCACUGUCUGCAGUUCUCCUGGCCUAAGCUUAAGUGGUAAUUCAUUACGUAGUUGUUGAUUUAGUAACAAAAAAAAAGUGUAGCAAGCCUUCAAUACAAAACUGGAAUUAGAAAUAUACCAUUUCAACAGCCAUGGAGUCCUACCAGCGGCCUGGUUGGCUUCGCGUUUUACUUUCACAUUAAAUGUGUCACUCAAGCACUUUAUAAUAAACAAUGGGUUGUAUGUUAGACUCACUUUUAGAAGAAUUUUAAGCUUUAAAAUUUUUGUAGUGGACCGGAUUUUUUUUUCCUAUUUUUUGUUGCUAUUUUUUAUCAUCCAUCGUGACAACAUUUAUACGUUUUGUUUUUAAUUCCUGUUAAAUUUCGAUUCAUUCGAUCAGUACAUAUUUUUGUCAGAUAUGUAUUAAUUCAGGAGGUCCCUGGGGUUCGUAAACCAAGCAAUGCAAGUUCACCGAUGCGUAAGAAAUUAUAAAACAUCGAAAAGGGCAAAAAAUAUAGACUUACCUUCGUCUGUGAAGUCGCAUCACAAAUGCCAGUUUGCAAAAAUGUUUCAUUUUGUAUGUUAUUUGUAAAUUCGAUUCUCUAAAUUUAAUCCAUGAACAAUCUAUAAACAUCCUUUGAUAUUUUCUGCUAUGGUGCUUUUUCCCACCACUCAAAUUACACAUCUGGCCCCCACUGGCUAAAAACAGUCACUGCACUCUACAAACCUAAUUAAAUAUUAGUAUCAAGUAGGAACUAAUCCUAAAAUAAGGUGAUAAUUACGCUAUUUGUAGUACAUGUAGCCUUGGGGACGCUUAACGUGGCCCUGGUGUGACCAGGGGCUUCCUUGCUGACAUUAGCAUCUCCCUUUAAAUUGCACCUUUCAGCUCAUCACAUAUUUACUGUGCAGGUUAGACAAUUUAUGUCCAGUACAUACAGGACACACCACAGCUUCUCAUACUGCAUAUGCCGUAUUAUAAUGUGCUGUAUGCUUUUAUUUCUCUGUCAUCAAAACUUAUACAGUAAGGGUGUGUGUGUGUGUGUGUGUGUGUGUGUGUAUGUAUAUACACAGAGUUCAAGUCAAAAUUCUGGAGACGCCUACUGAGAAUCUUUGUUUUUUAAAAAGAUAACUACCCUAAGCGCAUAACCUCAAGCUUUUGUAAAUUCGUGUGAACAAGGAGCAAGACAGACACCCCCCCCCCCCCGAGAAAUCGGCGAAAAUCUUGAGAUGCUGAACACUUCUCUUGCUCGUAGCAAUAUUGGAUACGCAUUACAUCAUCGCCAUAAGGCCUUUUAUUAUAAGAUGAAUAACAUACCUAAUAUAUAGACUAAUGCAUUAAAAGUGGUUAUGUCCAGACUUUUGACUGGUACUAUGUAUGUAUGCAUGUACGUCCUUUUUUUAGACACACACAUGCGUAUAUAUAUAUACACACAUAUGUGACCCAUCACCACGAAAAGAGUCUUAUGGGUGUAUUUCUACCAGAGCGACUUAAGACUCAUUUCGUGAUGACGGGUAACAUAUAACAUUGGUGUUAUAAACCAGGGGACAGCUUUUGUGUUUUUUUCACCUCAUCCAUCCAUAUCUAAUAACAGGCGUAUCAUAUAUCCGUGUUUGAAGCGCUUCUCACACUACUCCGAGUGAGUGUAGUUCUUUUCAGAGCAGUGUAAUAUCUCUCUAAUAUCUUAAAGAAAAACAACAUUCCUCAAUCGUCGGGACACAAUCGUUGAGAUCAAGGAUCAAGAGACUUUAUUCCUGUUUCUUUUCCGUUCCAAAAUGCGGGGAAACGACACUAAAUAAGGUUGCUACACCAUACAAGCAAUUGAACAAUCCACUGGUGUGUAGUUUUGCCUAUAUAUACAUAAAUCGCAUCUGUUAAUAUUGCAUGUUUCUACGGAAUAUUGUAAAUAGUAGCAUGUUUUAAAGAUGAAGCAAAAAUUUAUUGUGUACUAGCGUGCCAUUUGUCAUUUUAAUAAUAAAGAUGCAUUCACUGUAUAUUUUCUAAACAAAUUCUUGAAUAUUUUCCAUGAAUGGGUUUGGGAAAGAAUGUGAAAUGUAAAUGAUAAAUAAUAAUAUUGUUACUGAUAAUAUAGGUCUACGCCUGAACUACAUAUGAACAGGACUGGUGUUUUUGUGUCGUGUGUGAACUCAUGUAGCCGCAUGCUUGCCGUCUUUUCUGUGGUCAGAAUUUUAUGUUCCGGUUUGUUCUUUACUUUUUAAUAUCCACGUUGAUUUGUCCAUGUAGCGCAGUAUGCGAUGGACAUGCCGCUGUACUUCCUGAUCGGGGCUGGGGUUCCUUGAAGCUGCUGAACAUUUCAGCUCCUGUCAUUUUUCGAUAUAUAUUUUAUUUGUUUGUUUGUUCAAAGCCCUCUAUUGUUCUAAUUACCUUUAUUGUUGCUGUGUUUUGUGUGGGAUACUUGAUUACCUGUGGCACAGGUCACAUCGUACUGCAUCUGACUAAAGUAUACGUUUAUACGUGUGUGUGUCGGGAUUGCUAAUUAACAAAAGCCAUAUGACCUAAGCUCUAACAGCUCUGUAGAGAACGUCAGACGAAUCUAGCUCUGCGACUAGCCUCGGCAUUCUUCUCUCUGCGUACAUCUUGCCUUUCAGUUCAUCACACUUUAUGCAUUCUUUUUUUUUGAUAUUUUUGUGUUUUUAUUUUGAAGCUUUUUCGCUUUUGUACUCUGGGAGUGUCACUUUUUUGCAUUGUGCUUAAAAAGAGAAUGCAAAGAAAUUGCUCAUUUCUUUUCAUUUAUCUUCAUCUCCCGCUGCUUUGUUGAUUUUGAGAAAGAUCGUGUACAUUCUUAAUUGAUGCCAUGGAAGAUGUUAAGUCUCUACAUUUUUGGGCCAUGUGCAAUUUAUAUCCAGUUAUAUCCAGUUCUCUCCAGUUUAUAUCCUAUUUAAACUACUUUAAAGGGCGUUACACUAUACAUUAGGAGUAUAAGUGCAUUUUAUGGAAACUUAAACUAUACCUUUGUUAAUGCCAUAAUAUUUUAUCAUCAGUUACCACUUAAAGGUGACCGUCAUGAACUGUAGCAAAUGAAGUAACUAAUUGGGUUAUAAUGUGCAAGGAUUCCUCUCAAUAACACAGUGUUUCUCAACCUGGUCCUCGGAAACGCCCCCACCCAGACCCCAACAGUCCAUAUUUAUGCUCCCCCCUCCUUCUGGAGGUCCCCGAGGACCAGUUUGAGAAACACCGCAAUAACAUAAGAUGUGAAUAUUUAUAAAUAUUUUUAUUUUACUCAGAUAAAUUCUUCCGCAAAUUAUGAUUAUAGUAAUUGAAUACAUGAUCACAUUUCAUUGAGUGUAACGUAUUUCCGACAGACUUUAAUAUUAGGGGGGUUAUUCAUUCAGGGAACUCCUGGAUGCCCAGAUAAAGGUCAGUGUAUGUUUGGAUACACUGCCCUUUAAGAAAUAGGUUAUGUGAAAGAAACUUCUAAAAAUGAAGACUAUAGGAUUGACAAAGUUGCGUUCGCCAUUCCUGAGAUUAUCACUGAAUAUUAUUAUUAUUAUUAUUUAGAAAACUGUUUUCAUAGCAGUUCAUGUGUAUCUGUGAAACUGCACAAGCUUUCGACUCUCAGCACGGAUGUGAUUUCUGCUGCUUUUCAUUUCCGUCUCCUUUUCACGGGUCAUGAUCACUGUACUUCCAGUUAGGGAUAAACCAAGAGCAUGAUCUCUAUUCAUAUCACUGCAUUUGAUUUACAUGUUUCUGUUUACAUGCACAGGGUGGGGGGGGGAGUUGCCCCACAUCCCCUUUGCAUUAACCUCUGAAUGCAUUGUGAUUGAUCCAUCACUGUUAAGUGUCAAUUUGGGAAUGCAGACCGCAUCAGGUUAAGGUUAAGUUAAGGGGACUCUACACCUUCUGCAAUCUCACACACCACUGAAAGGCUCCGAGGGGCAAAGGAACCAGACCUGCUACCCCUUAGGGGCCUUUGUGGUGGACCAGAGGAUAUGUAUGGCGUCUUGUCCUAAACCUGGUGCGACCCAGCAUGGUGGCACACUCCACGUUUCUUGGCUUCUCCUCGCCCUAAAUCAUGCCUCUUCGCUCCUCGUCCUCCUCCAGCGCCUCCUCGGUGCACAGAACUGUCCCGUACCGCCAUCACUCCCUCACUCCCCUCCCAGAUGUGUCCUCCUGGGUGAAAAGCAAAGGGACAGGGCUCCAUCUUCUGCUUGGUUUUCUUCCCGUCUUCAGUGUCGUGAUGUCAUGUCAGUAAUUGUACCUUCUGUGGAUCGCAUGCUAUCUCCCUGGCGCAGGGACACUUUGCAGAACAUUGCUCCCACAAGCCUGGUAUUACAGAACAUCAGUACGACGGCCAUCUUUGACGAGACUCAAAGGGAACCAAAUAUGAAAUAUCUCAAUAAGAAUUGCCAUGUGUGUUACCAGCUCUGUACUAAACACAUAGGAAAUAAAAGCCUUUUAAUUAC